AUGUGCAAGGCAACCACGGUAAAAGGAGCGAUUCUUCGUAUUGUUCCUGAGUAUGUGCCCAGAAUUGUAGGGGGAAAAGAUGCACCAGACGGGGGUAUACCAUACCAAGUAUCUCUACGUAGCCUGUACGGAUCACACUUUUGUGGUGGGUCCAUUUUGAAUGAGAGAUGGAUAUUGACCGCCGCUCAUUGCACUGUUGGCAAGACAUCCAGAUCAGUCAAAGUGAUAGUCGGUACAAACAGUCUUAUAAACGGUGGACAGAAGUAUUCAGUGGAGAAAAUUGUUGUCCAUAAGGAAUAUGACGCUGGACUCAUUCAGAAUGAUAUCAGUCUAAUCAAAGUUACUGAAGACAUUGAGUUCACUGACCGGGUCCAGCCGAUACAGCUGCCUGAAUGCAAUACAGAAGCCCAAGCUGAGUUAUUGUUGACUGGUUGGGGAAGACUAUCGUAUCCGGGAAAUUUACCUAAUGACCUACAGAUGAUAAAUGUAACUUCACUAAGCGUGGACGAUUGCCAGAACAGGUUUGACGAUAUCAACCCUGUGUUUGAAACACAAAUUUGCUCCCUAACAAAGGCUGGGGAAGGCGCCUGUCAUGGUGACUCCGGAGGUCCUUUAGUAGAAAACAGCCGAGUGGUGGGGAUAGUAUCUUGGGGAAUGCCAUGUGCCAGAGGCUACCCGGACGUGUACACCAGGGUUUACUCGUUCCUUGAAUGGAUCCAGCUCAACAUGGCUGAAAACGAAGCUGAACAAACUACCACAAAAGUUCUGAAGAUGUUAUAUUAG